ACAUGUGUCUCUUUGUAGUGCAAUAAUGGUAGCUAAGGGUUUCCACAGAGAUGGAGGUUUGAAAAGUGAGCAUGCCGGCUAAUAGCUGUGGUCACAGGCUGGACUCCAGGACAUAAUGCCAUAGCAUAGGCCUCAGAGAGUUCCACUGUGCUACAGAUCUCACUGCUGAAUGCGCAGCUUUGUUCCUUUCUGAAAGGAGCUUGGGGUAGCUGUAAAUAUGUCUGGGCAGGGUGAGAGAAGCUGAUUUGGAGCUGGCAGCCUUCCUUACUGGGGACUGUACUGCUGGUGGGAGGGCUAGUAAGGCUGCAGGGGGAGGGGAGGCAGGGCUAUUCACUUUUACACUCUCAAACAGGUUGCCUAUCCUCUUAGCACUCUGAUGGCUGGAACUUGCCUUGUGCACUGCUGGAGCCCGUUCAACCCUGAGCCUUCUAUUCUCCCUGGCUAAAGCUUCCUCAGGAACCUGGAUCUAUUUGCCUUUUUUUUAUAUAUAUAUAUGCCAAAUGAUUAAUCAUUUUUCAAUGAGCUGUUAAAGGGCAAGUGGCCUUUUUUUGAUUGUCAUGCACAGAAAAGGAAUUAGCAAUACAGUUUGUGCAUUUGCAAAGGGACACUCUAUAGUUUGGUGUGGGGGACUGCUGUACUUCUAGGAAACAAUGCCUACUGAGGACUACCAUUUGCCUCUUUAUGGUCUUCCAUCUGUAAGAGAGCCUCAGAGUCCUAGGACAGCAGAGGAAAAUCUGCAAAGGACCAGCAGACAUUUCCGUUACUGUGGGAUCAAAAACAUGGAGAUGUCAGACAGUGACCGGCCAGUCAGCUUUGGUUCAACAUCCUCAUCUGCCUCUUCCAGAGACAGUCACUGUUCAUUUGGCAGUCGGAUGACCCUAGCAUCAAACAGUCACUUGGGUUUGUUUCACCAAGAUAAGGAAGCUGGAGCCAUAAAACUAGAACUGGUUCCUGCCCGGCAGAUAUCAAAUGAUGACCUUCAUAGGAUCUGCACCAAAGAACAACCUCAUGGAAGUCCAAGGGAAAAACCAUCUGAUGAGCAUCAGAGCACACAGUGGAAAGCUGAAGCUAAAAGAUCAAUUAAAUGUUCAGUGACUGAAGCGGUAGAGACAACCAGUCCUAAACUUAUGUAUGUAGACAGAGUAGUUCAAGAAAUUCUCCAUACUGAAAGGGCCUAUGUGCAGGAUCUGAAAAGCAUUGUUGAGGAUUAUCUCAAUUGCAUUUCUGACCAAUCAAGACUUUCCCUAGGGACAGAAGAACGGUCAGCUCUCUUUGGCAAUAUAUGCGAUAUCUACCAUUUCAAUAGUGAACUUCUUCAAGAACUGGAAAAUUGUGAUAAUGAUCCUGUUGCAAUAGCCGAAUGCUUUGUGUCAAAGAGUGAGGAAUUCCAUAUAUACACACAGUAUUGUACUAAUUAUCCAAGAUCUGUUGCUAUAUUGACAGAGUGUAUGAGAAACAAAAUACUGGCCAAAUUCUUUAGAGAACGACAGGAAGUCCUACAACAUUCUCUUCCCUUAGGAUCUUACCUCUUGAAGCCUGUCCAGAGAAUCCUUAAGUACCACUUGCUGUUGCAUGAAAUAUCCAAUCAUUUGGAUAAAGACACUGAAGGCUAUGACAUUGUGCUGGAUGCCAUAGACACAAUGCAAAGGGUUGCAUGGCAUAUAAAUGAUAUGAAGAGGAAACAUGAACAUGACAUUCGGCUCCAGGAAAUCCAGAGUUUGCUCACUAAUUGGAAAGGACCAGAUCUGACAAGUUACGGGGAGCUAGUUUUGGAAGGAACAUUCCGUUUUCAGAGGGCCAAGAAUGAACGCACUUUGUUCCUGUUCGACCGUCUGCUUCUAAUCACAAAGAAAAGGGAUGACACAUACACAUACAAGGCUCAUAUCCUGUGUUGCAAUCUCAUGCUAGUUGAAGUAAUUCCAAAGGAGCCACUUAGCUUCAGUGUCUUCCAUUAUAAGAACCCAAAGCUACAGCACACAGUACAGGCAAAGUCACAGCAAGACAAGAGGCUCUGGAUUUUGCAUUUGAAGAGACUUAUCCUUGAAAACCACCCAGCGAAAAUCCCAGCAAAGGCUAAACAAGCAAUUUUGGAAAUGGAUGCUAUACAUCAUCCCGGGUUCUCCUAUACCCCAGAGGGAGAACGGAAAUCACCUUUAAACUUGAAAGAAGAUCUCGCAUCAUGCAGAGUCAGAAGAAAGUCAGAACCUUCGUCUAAUCUACACAAAGUCAUGAAGCAAGAUGGUUUAAGCCCAGAGAUGCAAAAGAGAAGUAGCAUACAGGGCAAUUUGCUAUGCCAGGCUUCUAAACUCAGUGGAAGUGAUCUGCUUCGUGGGUCUGGGAUGAGAAAAGGUGGCUCAAUGAAUCACAACAGCAAUAUGACCCGGUCUCAAGAUUUCUACAACAAAGAAGGUCUAAGUGUGCGCCUUGGGCCAGCGGAGCAGUCUGACGCAGAUGAUGAAGAGGAGUCUGAACAGCUGAGCUCUCAGCAUAAAAUUAAAGGUGGCAGAAAAAGACUUAACAGCCAAGCUUCAGAGAAUGUUGAGAAGCGAAGAAGUAUCAAUCUAAGUGUAUGUGAGAGCCAGAUAUCAAAAAGCCAGUCAGAUGAAGAGUCAACAAAGCUGAAUACAGGGCAGAUCUUUCCAAGUUCCAGUGGUCAUCUUCCAAGCAGACAGAAUGGUGCACAACAGAGCAAUUCUUUGAUUAUGAAUAUCCUUGGAGGUACUGGUGCUCUGAGGAACAUCUGGACUGAUCAUCAAAUUAGACAAGCCCUCUUUCCUUCUAGACGCUCUACACAGGAAAAUGAGGAGGAUGAUGAUGACUACCAGAUGUUUCUGUUGUCUGAAUCUGCAACCAGGUUGGAAUCGUCAUGGUCACAGGAAGAAAGAGUGGCAUCAAGCCGGCCAUGUAGCUGGCACCUUGGUCUUAUGGAAGAAGACACAAUACCAAACCCCUCCUGCAAAAUUGUCAGGCGUGCAAGUAGUGUUGGAGAGAAUAAAUCUUGUUCUGCAAGACAACGUAGCCACUAUCAUAAAUCGGGGCCUCAUGAACAUUUCAAUCGUUCACAUGAGCGUCAUCAACAUUUUACUUGUCUUGGCUCUAAUGAGGACUUAACCAUUGAUGACAUUGAACAUGUUUAUGACAAUAUUAGUUAUGAAGAUCUGAAACAGAUGGGGUUCACCAGGAGACAUGAUUCUGAUGCUCCUAUAAAUAAGGAAGGAGGGGAUUCUCAAAGCCAAGAAGACAUUAGUAUUAGAAGACUAAGAGAACAGUUUGAUAGAACCAGGAACUCCCUAAUCCUAAAUAAAGAGAAAAAUCUAAAGAAAGGAAUGUCCAAUUCAAAUUCACAAGAACUCAGAAUAAUUGAGGAAAACAUUUAUGACUCUAUUCAGCUACCAGAACAAUCUCUGGAGCAUGUAAAGCAUAAAUUGCAUUCUAAACGGAGCAAUUUUUUGGCUCUGGGCACUGAUUUUCAGUCUUGUGAUCAGCUUGAUAGGUUUGUUUCCGAAGACAGCCUACAGUUCAGCGAAGAUGAAUCACUGGAUCAUCGUGUACCAGUGAAAGAUGGAGAUUUCUGUUAUUCCUCUUCAAAGGCUGGUUCAGUAUCACAUAAGUCUGCAGCAGAUAAAUUGUCAGAGGAAGUAGAUGAAAUCUGGAAUGAUUUGGAAAACUACAUUAAGAAGAAUGAGGAGAAAAAAAGUGAACGGCUUUUAGCAUCAUUCCCUGUAAACAAAGAUGACGUUCUUGAAAGGCGCCAUGUAACGUACAUGCCUUGUUUCAGCAAAGAUAUGGAGUAUUCAUUGUCGUCAUUGUGCUUGCCAGAAGAUUUGCCUUCACAGAGGACAAUACUGAAUACUUCACAAAUAAGUAAUGAUAAUAGUAGCUGUGGAAGCUCAAAUAGUGGCUCAUUACUAAGUCUUAAGAGGACUUCCAUUGUAAGUGAAACAGGCUUUCUAGAAUCACCCCUUUUUGCUUCAAACAGCACUAUUCCCUAUUCCGAAGAUACAUGUUCUUCUCAAACUUUAGAGAGCACUGAUAAAUCAAAAAGCAAGGUUUUUAUGAUGGCUCGCCAAUAUAGUCAAAAAAUAAAAAAAGCCAACCAGCUUUUAAAGAUGAAAAGCCCAGAACAAGAACAGCCCUUUUACAAAUCACAGAAAAUGAAACCGAAGGAUCUUGCAGCUAUUAUGGAAGAGAAGAAACAAGGAGGCUGUGCUAUUGGUGCAAGAAUUGCCGAGUAUUCCCAGCUUUAUGACCAGAUUAUCUUUCGCGACUCCCCCAUAAGGAUGCAAAAGGAAGCAAAGAAAGACUCCCACAAAGUAGCAUCUCCAAGUUACUCUCCAUUAAGCCCAACUUGCCAGCAACCGUCCUCUCCAUCUAAAUGGCAACAGCGAGGUAAAUGUCUCCAAUCAAAUAGCACUGGUUUACAGUCUGUUAAUGGAAGUGGGGCAGAAUUUUAUACAUGGCCGGAUGUAAAGGAUUUUAAAUCAAAAACGGAUUUAUCAGAACCUGGCUCUGGGUGCCCUCACAGAAACAUUACAGCUGCUUGUUCAGUGCCAUCUUUGUCAAAGUCAUUACAGGAUGCAUCGCAUGAGUCAAGGUGGAGUGGCGUAAGCCAGCAGCAUAGUGAAAAUGGACAAAUGGUUUGUGCUUCUAAUUCACCAGAAAGGAUAGUGAAUAAAGAACCUCAGCUUUAUAUUCGAUCACAGUCUUCAUCUAGUAUGCUACAUAACAGGACAUCUGGCUCUCACAGACUGGCAACAAACUCACAGCGGUCAAAGCCCAUCUUAAAACCUACAAGGCCUACAGAUCUUGGUCAUCUUGGAUAUGAAAGAAAAUCCCAAAUUGAAGACGACACCUCUGAUCUUACCUUGCAAGAUUCCCAGAAGGUUUUGGUCAUGAACACACUGUCCUCUCUUAAUGCUCAAAUAGCUACGCUCAACUAUUAUGCUAACUUUAAGGAUACUGAUGGAGAUGACGAUGAUGAUGACUAUGUAGAGAUCAAGUCAGAAGAUGAAGAGGAUGAGUUAGAGACUGAUUCUCAUCAGGCUCUUAAAAUGAGUGUAAAAGGAAAGCCAAAUGUUACUCAGACUUACUGUAGUACAAAUCCAACCUAUUCCUUUAGCGUGCCCAGUACUCCAGUCAAGUCCUACAACAGCAAGGAACUCUCUGAUGCACAUAUAUUAGCCUAUGACGAUGCAGACAAACUAAAUGACUAUCUCUGGAGACCAACGCCUUCUAAUCAGCAAAAUAUUGUUCAGUCACUUAGAGAAAAAUUUCAGUGUCUCAGCUCAAGUAGUUUUGCUUAAAAACCAUUUUAAUUGAGUAAUAUGAAAAUAUGUGUAUAGUAUUACAGCUUUAUAUUGUGCCGCACAGUAUAAUAGUGCCUAUAUUUCACGUGGAUAUUUGUUUAUUUCAUGCAUUUGCACUUGAUGCAUAGCAGUGUGAUUUAUGCAUUUAGUCUUUGGCGCACAGGGUGUUUUCUCUACCAGGGUAAUCAGGUGGGAAACAGCAGGGGUCACAAAGUUUUUAUCUUCCCAUCAAUGCUUACAUUAGAGUCCACCACAUGUCCAUGUUUUAACCACCACUGUUUUUGUCCUGAAAAAUAGUAGCAGUUAAAAUGACCCGUGUUCUUUUACCUUUGCAUAUUGAUUGCUAUUGAAUGCAUUAACCAUCGGCCAGUAACAAACCAACUAAUUUUCCACAUAAAUAUGAAGCAGGGCCAGCCACUCUGGCCAAGCAGCUGUUACUGGUCUACAAAUGAUCAAAUCUAUUAUUAUUUUUCUGCAGUCUAGCAACUUUAAAAAUGAAAAUAUACAGUUGCCAGUCAGACAUGGUGCCAAUAAAAUCCAUGGCAUACUCCAUUUUGGCCCAAGCAAAAUUAUCCUUAAUUAUCUAUUAAUGCAAGAAUAGCCAUUAGGUUCUUAAUUGUUACCUUUGUUGGCCUAAUUCCUACUAUAGGCAGCCUUGGGCCUAUGGUACAGAGACAUAGGCAGAUUUUUAAGUGUUUUGGUCUUUGUUUUUUUCAGUGCCAAAGGGGCAGUUUCAGGAUGGCACAUUUUAGGAAGAAUACACAAAAUCCUCCCUUGUGCCAUAGACUUCAGUCUCCACUCAGGAUUGACUGAUGUAUUUAUGCUCUUAAAAAUGUUUUGUAUUUAAACUACAGAUAUAAUGAUAGUUAAAGGGACCAAAGCACUUUAAUCAUCUAAUUUGUCUCCUCAACAAAAUGAGUAUGUGCUUCCAUCUUGCCAUGUAUAAAUUACAUUUGCUUUUCUUUUGUCAUUAAAAUUUAGCACACAAGUAGGUCUCUGGGUCAUGUCAGUGAAAUCUCUGGUGCAGAAGCACUUUGAAGACAAAGAAGUACUAUAACUGUCUAUCUUUCUAUACAUCAUUUAGUACCUAAUGCAUUUCUCUUCCAACGUAUGUUUCACACAGCUUUUGCAUGUAGAAGCAUGUACAGCAGGUAGUUUACAUUUAAACAUGUGAGUGGGGCUUUAGGAGGUGUUAAACAGUAUACUGUCCAUACUUUCUCCUCCAAUACAAUUUCUUAGGGAUUUAUAGGAUUCUCUGUAUAUGUGUAUUUGUUAUAUGAGGGCCCAUGACAUCGUCAUACAAUAAAGAGGAGUGGCUCAUAUGUAAUAACUAAAUAGUCAUAGUGGUAGUCCAAAAACGAAGUAUGCCAUAAUAGCUGGCAAAUGCUUUCUUUAGUCUUCCAGUUUUACACAUUAUUCAUUAUCAUACAUUUCUAUUGUGAUUGUACUUAAAAGUUGAGGCCACGCAUCCUUGUGUGUAUUUUACCAGUUCUCAUGUACUCUAUGUACAAUUAUAGGAGGACACCCUCAAAUUAUCACAGCAUAAAGUCUUAUAUGUAUGUAUAUGUGUAUGUAUAUGUUUACUUUUCAAGGUCCAAAUAUGUGCACCGUAUCUCCAACAUUUUCACUAAUGCCCAUUCUGGGUGCCAAGAAAGAGGCAGGGAUUACUAAGUUGGGGUAAACUAUUAGCACUGGGCAAAUUUGCCCAUGGGCAGAAUUUUUUUUACCUGCAGCUGGCUGAAAAACGCCAAUAACUGAUUGGUUGCUAUGAGUUACUGCCCGUGAGCAAAUUUGCCCAGUGUUGAUAAAUAGUCUCUUUCUCUGAUCUACAGCUCAGUUCAGUUAGAUUUCCCUUGAUAAGUUAAAUAAAUCAAGUACUGUAUGCAUGUGCCUAUUUCGCAGUAACUGGUCUUCAGAAUUAGCUGGACACUAGCAGUAAAGUUUGGCAUAAAUGGUUAAGAUAUUAUAUGGUUUUUGUUCUAAGCAGGGCAAAAUUCAAAUGAUCUCAGGAUCAACAAUUCUGCAGCAAACUGUGUGCUAAACUAGGGUCAAUGAUAUUUGUAAUAAAAGGCCAGUUGUGAUGAUGUAUAUUGUAAAUGUAAACAAUGUUUUUGUAUUUGAAAAAAAUACCUUGUAGUUAUGGAUGUAAAAAAAUGUAUUUCAGGCUGUGUAAUUCAUAUGAAUGCUUAUGUAGAUUAACAAGUCCUUCCGUUUUUCACAAUAAAUUCUAGAUGAGCAAUGCAUGUUACAGAUAUCAGCUUUUACAUGUCGCCUUUGAGCAAAUGUAUAAAAGGUUUUUUUUUUGUUUAUAGAUGUAUUGUGUAUAUUUUGGGUCCUGUUGAGUGUUAAAUUAUUUUAGUUUGUGAUUUUUUUUUUUCUAUGAAAACCCAAAUGGUGGCUGAGGUUAAGAGUCUUGUUUUUGUCUAAUAAAUAAAUAUUCUUUACAAUUGGUA